GUACAAGAAUCAAGAGAAAGGUAAAGAGAAUUCCCAUGUUAAGGAUGCCAAAUAAAAAGAGUCUAAGAAAAACGGCGACAAUGAGAAGACAUCCAUUUCUAUUACAUUUAAAUCUAAUCUAAUCUCUCUCAAAAUACAACCACUCUCUGAAUUCCUCUUCUGUAUGGCUGCUUCUUCUACCUUCUUUCCUGAGCCUAAUAUCCUCUUCAACCCCUCUUUUUUGUUCUCUUCUUAUAAUGUAAAUAACAACAACUACUUCUUCAAUAAUAAUAAUAAUAAUAAUAAUCUUAAUCAUUUUCAUUCUUCUUCUUCGACUUCAACUUCAACUUCUCCACCUUCAAACAACUACUCCGCUUUUCUUUCUAAUUCUCCUCAACUUAUGUCAUCUACGAAUAAUAACAGUCAUAGUAGUAAUCAAGCUAAUCUUGGUUGUGAUUCUUCUAAGAUGGUUCGAAAGCGAACCGCUUCCGAAAUGGAACGCCCUUCUUCUAACCCCAUUGAAAUUUCUGAUCAUCGCUUGAUUUCGCGACAACUACCCAACCAACAACACCACCAACCGUCAUUGCAUCAGCAGCAGUUUACGCCCGUCAACGACUCCGCUGUGUUUAACCCAACCGAUGGUUCGGGGUCGUUGACGGAUCAACAGCAGCCUCUUGUUUGUGGGUUUUCUGGGUUACCUUUGUUUCCUCCUGAACGGCCUAGUAGUGAUAAUAAUAAUACUACCAACAGAAGUAGUAUGAGUAUGAGUAGUUUUUCGGUUUCGGGUUCGGGUUCAGUUGUGGCGGGUUCAAUGGAGGAUCCAGGGUGGAUUGAUGGGAUAAUUAAGGAUUUGAUUCAGAGUUCGAAUUCAAUCUCUAUACCACAGUUAAUUCAGAAUGUCAGAGAGAUUAUUUACCCUUGUAACCCUAACCUUGGUGCUGUUAUUGAGUUUAGGCUCCGCUCUUUGACGGACCCACUCAUUGCUCCACCGCUUCAACCUCCGCAACAACAACAACAGCAACAACUUCCUCCUCCGCCUCAUCAUCAUGUUGUUUCUCAUUAUCAGAAGAAUCAUAAUCAGUAUCAUCAACAACAAUCCGGGUUUUCAAGGGUUAAUAAUAGUGGUAAUAAUAAUAAUAACAAUAAUAUGAACACUAGUAGUGUUUCUAGUCAACCUGGGUUGCAUAAUAAGGCUUAUUACAACUUGAGCGAUAUUGAGUAUUACUCUUCUCUUGGUGGUGGUGAUUAUUACUCUUCUCUUGGUGGUGGUGCUCUUGAGUGUGGUGGUAAUAUUGGCUGGGGUGGCGCUCCCCCUCCGCUUCCGAGACCACCCCAACAACCGAUAAAUGAGGGUUGUGUUGGUGGUGGAAAUAGUGGAAACUCGAACCAGAACCAAAGCCAAAGCCAAAGCCCAAGCCCUCACCAGCCUAAGACAACGACAACUCAGGCUGGUGAGGGAAUCCUGGAUCAGAAUCCCGAGAAUUUUCCAAAUAAUUCUCGGGAUUCUGAUCCGGCCGUGGGGUCGUCAUCAGCAGCAAAGGUGGGGACUAUGGAGGAGUCCCCACCUGUUGCUGCGACCCCACCAACUCCCACGCCUCCGCCAUCGCAACAAGUCACCACGGUGGCAAAGGCGAGAGAGAGGGAGGAGUUCAGGCAACGACAAAGAGACGAGGAGGGGCUACACCUCCUCACACUCCUACUCCAAUGCGCCGAAGCUGUCUCGGCAGACAAAUUUGAGGAUGCUAAUAAAAUGCUUGUAGAAAUCUCCGAAUGGGCCACCCCAUUCGGAACCUCGGCACAGCGUGUGGCCGCCUACUUCUCCGAAGCGAUGUCGGCCCGCCUCGUUAGCUCUUGCCUUGGCAUCCACACUGCUUUGCCUACAAUUCCACAUUACCAAAAACUAGUUUCAGCCUUCCAAGUGUUCAAUGGAAUUAGCCCCUUUGUCAAAUUUUCACAUUUUACAGCUAACCAAGCAAUCCAAGAAGCCUUCCAAAGAGAAGAGCGUGUUCACAUUAUUGAUCUUGAUAUCAUGCAGGGCCUACAAUGGCCCGGCCUUUUCCACAUUCUUGCUUCCCGGCCCGGCGGGCCUCCAUUUGUUAGGCUUACCGGGCUCGGUACCUCGAUGGAGGCCCUUGAGGCAACCGGGAAGCGGUUAUCUGACUUCGCCGAGAAAUUGGGGUUGCCUUUCGAGUUCAUACCGGUGGCCGAGAAGGUAGGGAACUUAGACUUGGAGAGAUUGCAUGUUAGUAAGAGGGAGGCUGUUGCUGUGCAUUGGUUGCAGCAUUCUUUGUAUGAUGUUACUGGGUCUGAUACCAACACUCUUUAUCUAUUGCAAAGAUUGGCACCAAAGGUUGUGACAGUGGUCGAGCAAGACCUAAGCCGAACAGGUUCCUUCCUAGGGAGAUUCGUCGAGGCAAUCCACUACUACUCAGCCCUCUUCGAUUCCUUAGGAGCUAGUUAUGGGGAAGACAGCGAGGAGAGGCAUGUGGUGGAGCAGCAACUGCUCUCAAGGGAGAUCCGUAAUGUUCUAGCAGUGGGUGGGCCAUCUAGGAGUGGAGAGCCAAAGUUCGCGAGUUGGAGAGAAAAAAUGCAGCAGUCCGGGUUUAGAGGGAUCUCCUUAGCCGGCAAUGCUGCUGCUCAGGCUACCUUGCUUCUCGGCAUGUUCCCUUCUGAUGGAUACACUUUGGUGGAAGACAGUGGUACCCUUAAGCUCGGGUGGAAGGACCUUUGUUUACUUACUGCUUCAGCAUGGAGGCCUUCCCAUGCUCAUACAAUGAGUACUGUCUGUACAAGGAGCCAGUAACUCCUUUACAUACAACCAAAUCAUGAAACCACGGCUACACACGUGGUACGAUGGGGUUAGACCAUUAGAAGGAUCUUUCUUGUAACAUACAGGUUUGGGGUUAGGACUCGAAGAUGUCGAGAUCAUAGUUAUAGCUUUUUUUCACCAAGUCAUGUCGUUAGCUAGUUUUGUUUGGUAAAAUGGACUUUAAAGAGCUUAUAUGCUUGCUUACAUCGAAUGUAUUAUGCUUUUUGACGUUAAACGUUUGCUUGAUAUAUAGUCCUUCCAUUUUUAAUGUCAAA